AGCUUCUCAAAAACAAAAUGGCGGAAGAAAAUCUCCAAGUCGUGUAACUAGAAAAAGUUCUUGUAACCAGCAAAAUACUCAGGUUUUGGUCAUGGAGACUGGCCCAGCUUUUCCGCCACACCUUUUGAAGAACAUCAACAAAGAGAAGGAGGAAGAAAAGCAAAAUUGUGCGCUAGCAAAGAAGGAAACGUCCUCGCGACCACUGCAGGACUUUGAAAACGGCAGCGAUGAAGACGAGUGUUAUGGACCGGUCUUACCACCAGGGUUCCAAAAUAAAAAGGAAGAAGUCAUGAGAACGAAGGUUAUUGGACCCAUGAGACCUCCGGUAUCUGUGCCUCCGAGGGCAAUCUCGUCAAAUGCUGUUGAAAAUACCAUCAGUAGUGAUGAAGAUGAGGAAAUAAUUGGACCAACUCUGCCUACUGCCAAAGACAUUGAUGUUGGACUUGAAAGAACCAAAAUGGACAUAGAGGCACGCAGUAUGGCAAAGAAGGACCAGAUGACAGGGAAGGAUACCAAACCUAAGCGAGAGACUUGGAUGACAGAGCUGCCUCCAGACUUGAGCAAGAAUUUUGGUUUGGGGCCCCGCAAGUUCCGUGCUCGUGCUGUUGAAGUAGGUGAUCAAUCGGUUUGGACAGACACUCCAGCAGACAAGGCCAAGAAGUCAAAGGAGGCUGACAAAGGAUCAAAAAGAGGAGUUGAUACUGAUGAACCUGUUAGGACUCCUUGGGAGAUCGCAAGAGAUCAACAGAUGACCAAGCAAGUGGAAAGUCACAAUAAGCGACACAGGGGAGAAUCAUUGAUGGAUAUGCAUACGAAGAAAAUUGAAAAACAAAAGAAUGAGGAUAAAAGCAAACCUUCUGAACGAAGACCAUUUGAUAGGGACCAAGACUUGAACUUACCAAGAAUGACUGGCGAGCAAAAGAAAUCUGUUAUCCAGAAGUCCAAGGAACUUGGUUCCAGGUUUCAACAUUCCAGAAGUGGUUCCUCUUUCCUCUGAGUGGUGUAAGAUUUGAUGUAAAAGUCUUCCUGCUCAUCAGACUAUGCAUUGUACUUGUUGAUAGAAGCCAUGAGGUCGUGAUCUGAACAACACAGUUUUUUGCAGCAGUAUUAAUUGUAACAAAAUACUCCUGUAUGGAGUGAGACAUUCUUAGAGUAACUAAAGCCUGCAUCGAGACUGCUUAAUCUAAGGUCUAAUACAGUAAAUUUCACAUUAGCCAUAAGCACCUUACUAGAAUAAGAAAUUUUUAUUUUGCCUUUUUGCUAUAGGUGUACACGGAUGUCCCACACAUUCAAAUACUUACAUAAUUCCCAGCUAUUGUGCACUCUCUGUUUUCACCACCGUUACAACAUUUUAGAUGAUGCUUCCAACGGUGUUUAACCCACAAAAACUCAUCACCUGCGACAUGUCAAUUUUUAAACUUUCUCUGUAACCUUACAUUGUCAUGUUUCCUUUCGUGUUGAUACCAAAUAUAAUUACCCCACUAUUACAUCAUAUUUCCAUAUUAGGGCAAUGGAAUACACAAAAUAUGCCAGAGAAUACACUGUAGAACAGGGCAAAAUCAAUGUGCAUCAACUUUGAUUUCUUUCGUGUUUUUUUAGAAAUGCUUUUAUUAGUAACGAAUUUCAAACCCUUCAAGAAUUUUUUUGUUCAUCAAGAACACUAGAUGGUUCCUUUUGUGUUGUUUUCUUUUUUCUCACAUGCCUUAUGCAACUGGUAUGAUGCUCAGAUGAGUCCAUAAGAAGUUUCAAAACUAGAAAAUGGAAUAACAGAGGAAUAAUAAAUCUCUUAUUCAAUGGCCGAACAGAUAAUAUAAGAGGACAUUUUGCUCUUACUUUUUUCAUCCCUAGAGGGCUUGGAAAAAUACUUUGCAACUUGCAAAGUAUCUAAACAUAUAUACCAUUGAAUAAAAUGUUAAUUGCAUGCAUUAUGUGCAACAACUGUAUAUUCAACAUCCUUUUUUCUUUUCUGAUAAUUUAUACUGAAAAAUGUUUCAGACCACAAAUUUUGUCUUUUCUUGAUUAAAAUUGUAAUGUAUCUACAAGAAAUCACCCAAUGAAACGACUCCAUUUUAAUUUGUUUUAUUUUCAAUUGUCUAAGGCAACUGUCUUUAGUUUUUGUCUUAGAUGUAACAAGCAAGUUUUCAUACUCUACAUAAAAAUAAAAGAACAAACCAAUUGAAAGGAAAUAAUUACAAACACACACCCUGCUCUCUGGUACCGUUAAUGAAUUUUGAAUUCAAAACCAGAACAAAAAAAAACACUGAAGAUCAUAACAGAAAGUUAUAAUCAUCCAAAUGCAAAAAAAAUCCAUUGCAUUUUACUUCUCAAUCCCAAGAUCUAAUCAGUUAUUCUCCCAAUUAAACUGUAGCUACUAGACAUUUCCUUGGUGAAGGUACAUAGAACAGUCUUUCUACUCCAAUAAACUUAACCCCUGGAUGUUUUGAAAAUUUUGGGAGAAGUUACGUUUUGUGGAAGUGAAAGAAUGAAAAGACAUACAUACCAAGAAAUACAUCAUCUGUUAUUCCCAACAGAGAACUAACAAGUGGUGGAUCAUUUUUAGGACCACCGCCCUUGCGAUCUGACUUGUGAAACUGAUAGGUUUAGGACAAACUGGGGUGACAGUGCAUGUCUGUCACACCAUUGUGUUUACUUUAACAAGAUCCUUGGCAUAAAUGCGAACACAUGAAUAGGAAUCCAUUUGUAAGGACCAUACCAUGGUGAGAGGCUGGAUUGACUAAGGAAUGUUUACUGCUUAUAAUCAACUAGUUAAAUAAAACAAAAGCUGGUUUUACCAGCAAAACUUUAUAAAUAACAUACCGCUCAAUUCAAAAAAAAAUAAUUUGCAUCUACAGGCAUAAAAUUUUGAAUAAUUUUACACUUGGCUUGGAAAAUCUAACAUCUACAUAUAUUACAAAAAUAAAGCAACAUCAAUAUUUUAAAUAUUGAAUCAUUAAAAAAAAA